AAACACAAGAAGGAUAUAUAUAAAGGCAAGUGACUCUAAAUACAAGAAGUAGAUACGAGGGGUUUAGAAGCCGUCCAUUCCAGUAGGCGAUGAUUGGCGUCUGAAGGACGGAAUUCUGGUAGAAAACCUUUCAUACGAGCUAAUCUCCAAUAUAUGUCUACAGGAAACUAAUUUCAUUCAAAGAUGGUUGACCUUAUUAUGGUAUUGGCUAAGUGUUGUAUCCUCUGUGUCUUACUAAUGACGGGUCCAUCAUCGGCAACCUUAAAAUUGCUGGCCUCCUCACCACGUGUUGAUUGUGAUUUUGAAAAGGACAUGUGUGGGUGGACCAUUGGGAGAAACUUUUCGUCCCCUGCGGGCAGUAAUCAGUUUUGGGCCCUGUGUCCACGUCUUCCAACCUCCAACGACGUUAAAGACACGUGCGCAGGAAACCUGGGAUUCAAGUUCGCGGAUCCCUUUUCUCGACAUAAUAUAUGUGAUAGUAAAAAGCCAGGUUCUCCGUGCCGUAAUUUCGUCCUUAGCUCCAGCAACAAAGGGGUAGAGCCUCCUUUUAAUGGCCAGUACAGUACCUUCUAUACCUCCAACAUCUUGAGCGAGGAGCUGCCGGGAUUCUUUCUGUACAGGUGCCUCCAUUACACCUUUUCCUUAAAAGGUCAGUCUGUUCUUAUGGUGUCUUAUUUACCCACCAUAACAGAAACCAAGACUGACUUCAUCUUAAAGGAACACAGAGGACACUGGUUGACUGAUCGUUCAGAUGAGUGGAUCAGCGCUAACAGUUUUGUGAAUCUCCCUCUUAUUCCAAAUUUUAGGAUAAUAUUUCGAGUCUGGUUUAGAUACGAGGGUGAAAACAUUGUGAAUUUAGACAACAUCAGAGUUACAGAGGGAUUGUGUAACGUAAGUUGUCCUCUGGACUUAUUCCGUUGUACCAGUGGAGAGUGCAUUUCACCGACCCUUGUGUGUGAUUCUCAGCAAGAUUGUGAGGAUAUGUCAGAUGAAAGAACAUGUGAUUAUGUAGCAGUCAACAAUCAAUCAAGCGUUAAUUCCUCGCAACAAGCCGUGUUAGAUAUUUCAUCUCGUUGCCCUAUUUGUCCCCGAGAGAACAACACAUUUUGUAUAGCUUUCUGUCCCUCGUCUUGUGACUGUUAUGGAGAUACCUAUCUUUGUCAAAGAUUUGCUACUUCCGCCUAUACCUUUUUCGUCCAACUGUCUGAAGUGGAUUGUGAUUUCCUCAACAUUACAGAAUUAGGGCAGGGGAUUUAUCAUCUCGAUAUUUCUUCAUCCCACAUUCGUUCAUUGAAUAUCACUGAUUAUGUCAAAAUAGAAAAACUCACAGUGACAGAUUCCACUAUUGAGACUAUCCAUAUACCUGACCAAAUAGUAAAUUACGUACAAUUUUCAAAUUUAAAAACAAAUUCAAUAUCUUUUUUCACCUAUUUUAUGUACCUGCACGUGGUUGGGAGUCUUCAACAGUUCAGUGCCUCGGCUUUGCUUCAUCUACCCUACGUAAACCUUGAACGAAACAUUUUGUCCAAUGCUACUGUGAUAUACAAAAUUUGGUCCAAGUAUGCCUCAUUCAAAAAUUCUUCGCACAACAAAGCAAUCCUCAAUAAUUGUAACAUAUAUCAAACCAAUACUGUGAAGGGUGUGGAAAGUAAUUAUUUAGAUUUGAGUAAUAAUAAACUGAAGGCGUCUUAUGUGUUCAGUGGAACAGAAAUAUUACUGAUAAGAAACAACCUGUUGGAGGACGUAGUCAAAUCACUUGAAAGGACUUAUAUUAAGACCCUGAAGACUCUCGAUCUGUCAUUCAACAGAAUCACGCACCUGCAGCUGAAUGACUUCAGUUUCUUUUUUAACCUGGUGUACUUAGAUCUACAGUCUAACAACAUUUCAUGGAUCGAUGACGAAACGUUUGCGGAAUUGAGCAGCUUGUGUUUUCUAGAUCUAUCCAGUAACUUAUUACAAAGUAUAAAAAAUACUUACUUUCAAAACUUAGAAAAGCUCCAAUACCUUUAUUUACAGAGAAACCUUAUUACUACAGUAGAUGUCGAAUCUUUCUACUCCUUAAAAAGUCUGGUUAUAUUAGAUUUGUCAAACAAUAAGAUCACCUCUCUCAAGGGGAAAUAUUUUCGAAACUUGGAAGAGUUGAGAUAUCUGUAUCUUCAGAAUAACAAGUUUCAGGUGUCGGAGGGUAUGUUUGAUGGCUUGUCUAGUCUCAGCUUAAUGCAGGUGGAUUUUUUCUCCCUUUGCUGUGCUAAGCCAAGAAAUAUAUACGAUAUAAAAUGCAUAGCUCCUGCGAAUGAGAUAUCAUCUUGCAGCAAUUUAAUAGCUGUGCCCAUUCUUAAUGUCGGGAUCUGGUACAUUGCACUGUUUGCUUCUUUUGGAAAUUUUGUGGUGUUUUGGUACAAGAUUAUCUAUCUGAAGAGACAAUCGGCCAGGGCCCACUUUAUAUUCACCAUUAAUUUAAACUGGGCUGACUUUGUUAUGGGCAUUUAUCUCUUCAUUAUUGCCAUUGCUAAUUUAGUAUACAAUGGGCGGUACGGUCUAGAGGACUACUCUUGGAGAAACAGCUAUUUUUGCACCAUUGCUGGAAUACUUGCUACACUUUCUAGUGAAACUUCUGCAUUUCUUGUAUUUUUAAUCACAAUGGAUCGACUUAUCGCUAUAAAAUUUCCGUUUUCUGGGAGAGGGUUUAAAAGAAGUGGAGCAAUUUUUCUGUCGGUUCUUUCUUGGCUUGUGUCCCUUUUUCUAGGAAUAUUGCCUAUAAUUCCUAUGCAGUCUACGUUCUUUGACGGUUACUAUGCUAGGUCUGGAAUUUGUAUUUCCUUACCACUCUCCGUGGUAAAGAAGUCAGGCUGGCAGUACUCUAUGGCGGUAUUCAUUGGAUUGAACUUCCUUCUCUUCACGGGAAUUUUAAUCGGACAAAUUGCGAUUUUCGUAGAGGUUAUUAAAGUUGGAGGAAAUGUAACUUCUUCAAGGUCGAAGCAAAGGGAGAUAAGUCUGACGAAAAGCUUGGCUGCUAUAGUUCUCACCGAUAUGUUCUGCUGGAUCCCGAUCGGAACAAUAGGUCUACUGACCUUUUUCGAAAUCGAUGUGUCCAGUGAAGUUUACGAUUGGAUUAUUGUUAUAGUGCUCCCCAUCAACUCGGCACUCAAUCCAAUCAUCUACAACUUUACAGCCUUCAUGAGGCACAAGAGAAGAGUUGAGGCUUCCGAGUCAAAUGUCUUAAAACAAGAAUGUGCUUUACUUAAAAAGAAGUUGGAGGCUAUGCAGUCGUUAACCUCAAACUGUACGUGUCAGAAUAAAAGGAGUAUUGUGGGACAACCGUCUAUAAACUUUGACGUUUUUCCAACCGAUACUUCGUUUGAAAGAGAUACUCAGCAAUAUGGCUUAGGGGUGACCGUCAUAAAAAUGGACACAAAAUUUUGACGUAAGGCUGCAAUAGUCAUAAAUACAAACAAGUGAAAUCCUUCUUGGACAUUAGCUAUUUUAUUUCAAUCAAGAUGACAAUUGUUUAUCAAGUGCUUAUUUAUUAAGUGACGGUUACUAA